AUGGCGAAGGAGGGACCGGAGAAAAGGAGUUACAACCAAAAGAGUGGAGACUGUCCAGACGGCUCUAUCGAGAAGACAGCGCCCAAACCGCGCAGUCCGGCUGGCCGAGAAACUAAUGCUCCGCGCUCGGCCAAAUUCACAUCCGUCCGACUGAAGUCUCGGCCAAGGUUCCAAACGACCGGCCGACCGGCCGGGAAACAUUGUCCCGCGGUCGGCCAAGCUUCAAACGCUCCACGCUACACCGCGCACGACCAAAGCGCGCGAGCCGGGAAACAAGGCCUCGCGGCCGCGCAACCCGUUCCGCGUGCCACGGCCGAUGCAUCCGUCCGAGCCGGGAAAGAACGUCCCACGUCCGGCCGAGAAUUCUCAUCGGCCAAAUCUCAAUCCGCUCGACCACGCCGGACCGACCGCGAAUCCAUCCGACCCCGACCGUUCCGACUGCCCAAGAUCCGACUGUACGGCCGAUCGUCCCGCACGACCGUCUGA